AUGGCACGAAGGGCGCCAGUGCUGCUGUCUGUGGCCAUCUUGGCCUUUGGACUGCUGGCCUUGAACCAGGCCUUUGUCGCAGGCCCCAAUCAGCCAGCUUUGCGCGGUCAGGAGGGUGCUGUAGCAGGUGCAGUGCUUGCCGCGCUGCCUGCUGCUCCAGCAUUGGCAACUGACCAGUACACAGACAGCUUCAGCAAGGUUGAUGCGAUCGUGAUCUUUGUCCCCAUCGUCGUUGUGUGGAUCGCAUUCCUGGAGUGGGAUUCCAAGCAGCCUUCUGCUGAUGACGUCACUGGCUAUGGCUACCUUGGGAAGACCAUUGAUGGACCUACCGAGGACAAGCCUGCCUACUUCCGCCGCAGCCCUGAGGGUCCUCGUGCUUCGGGAGGCCCCCCUGCCACCAUGGCACGAAGGGCGCCAGUGCUGCUGUCUGUGGCCAUCUUGGCCUUUGGACUGCUGGCCUUGAACCAGGCCUUUGUCGCAGGCCCCAAUCAGCCAGCUUUGCGCGGUCACGAGGCUGCUGUAGCAGGUGCGGUGCUUGCCGCGCUGCCUGCUGCUCCAGCAUUGGCAACUGACCAGUACACGGACAGCUUCAGCAAGGUUGAUGCGAUCGUGAUCUUUGUCCCCAUCGUCGUUGUGUGGAUCGCAUUCCUGGAGUGGGAUUCCAAGCAGCCUUCUGCUGAUGACGUCACUGGCUAUGGCUACCUUGGGAAGACCAUUGAUGGACCUACCGAGGACAAGCCUGCCUACUUCCGCCGUCUUUGGCCCUCUGGCUUCCUCGGCAACGUGCGGCGCUCGCCGCGCUGGCGAUGCGCACGCCGGGCGGUGAAGGUGCCCCCGGCAUAUGUGGAGCAGUUCGCCGGCAUUCUUCCUGAUGACUUUUGCUGGGAGGAAUUCUUGCAGGCCUCAAGACGCCCCGUGCGGCCCUGCGUGCGCGUGAACCGCCUGAAGGCUACACCCCAAGGUGUGAGACGCUUGGGCUUUCGUCACUCGUGGCGCUUGGGGCAGGAGGUGCCUUGGUUUGGAGGUGCCUUCUGGGUUCAGCCGCUGGGUCCAGCACCCGUCUUCUCGGAGUCCCAGGACUUGCCCGCGGCCUGGGCCAAGAUCGCCCAGAACAAGGCGCAGAGAUUGCGUCGCUCGCGUCGCGCAGAUCGCGGAUCCGGCACGGGCGGAGUGAGCGCUCCAGCCAUCGGAGCCACUGGUGGAGCCAUCGGCUGGGGGAGAGAUGCGGCCUUCUUUAGUGGCCAGGUCUAUGUCCAGGAGGCUUCCUCCCUGCUGCCCGUGGCAGCCCUGAGCGACGCCUUCGGCGAGUCGCCCGAGGGCCUGCGGAUGUUGGACAUGGCGGCGGCGCCCGGGGGGAAGACCACCGCACUAUGUGCCUGGUUGGGCAAUUCCUCUGCAGUUGUGGCCAAUGAGCCCAACGUGGCACGCUGCAAGGCGUUGGUGGAGAAUCUGCUGCGUACCGGCUCCAUGCCCAAGGCGGCGGUCACCCAAAUGGACGGCCGUCAAUGUGGCAAGUGCUGGCCCGGCUGCUUCGACGCGGUCCUACUAGAUGCGCCCUGCAGUGGUGAAUCCUUGACGCGAAAAGAAGGAUUGGAAAUGUUGGAUCAUCCACCUGGCUAUGUGGAAGGACUGUCCAAGUUGCAGUGUCAGCUGAUUCGCAGUGCCUUUGAAGCGCUGAAAGUGGGUGGCGUGUUGGUUUACAGCACGUGCACCUUGAACGUCCAAGAGAAUGAACACGUGUGCUCCUUCUUGGAAGAAACCUUUCCGGGAGCCGUGGAGCGAGAGGGGAUUCACCUACCAGGAACCGAAAAGAUGAGAACGCCUGAAGGCUGCCUUCGCUGUUGGCCACAGAUGGCAGACACCCAGGGCUUCUUUGUGGCCCGUUUCCGGAAGACGGCGGAAGUUGACGGCGCCGAGGCCAUGCCCAAAGGUGAUGGCAAGGUCCUCGAACGCUUGGGUGACAGAGAGGCGCAGGUGGUAGAGCGAACAUUUCGCGCAGCGUUUGAUGCUUUUCCUUCUGAGAACUUUGAACUCAGAAGAAGUGGUGGAGAGUUGUGGCUGUGCCCAGAGGUCUUACGUGACUUGGGUUUUUUCGGACCUCGAAGAUGUGGGAUCCGCCUGGCUCUCACACGGAGGCAAGGUCUGAACUACCCUGCGCAUAUGGAGUGGGUGCUGUCCUAUGGCCAUCGGCUGCCCGUCGGAAGCUUCGGGCUGGCGGAGGUGGACCGUUCGGCGGCGCUGGCGUUCUGCGCUGGAGAGGACGUAGAACCUUUGUGGACCCCUGCCGCAGCGGUGGCGCAGGAGGGGGCCCAGGCGGUUGUGAAGCACGAGGACUUGGUUUUAGGCCUGGCGCGUUGGGGCACGCCCCGUCUUCGCAACGACGUGCCCACGCAGUGGCGUUGCCCCGACCUGGUGCUGUGA